GAGCAGAGCUCCGGGGCUAGAGUGAGUGGAGGACGGCCGCGGCCGGUGGCCGAGCACGGAGGGGUGAGCCAGCGGGCCAGCGCUAGCGCCGAGCAACCACCAGUACUCGCACAAGUACACCGGGAACCGGCAGCGGUGUGUGCGUGUGGCCCGUGUGCGGGCGGCGGCGCGGGAGGAGAGCGGAGCGGCAGCCGGUUCGGGCGGGUGGCAUCAUGGACGAGAAGGUGUUCACCAAGGAGCUGGACCAGUGGGUCGAGCAGCUGAACGAGUGCAAGCAGCUGUCCGAGUCCCAGGUCAAGAGCCUCUGCGAGAAGGCUAAAGAAAUCCUGACAAAAGAAUCCAAUGUGCAAGAAGUUCGAUGUCCAGUCACUGUCUGUGGAGAUGUGCAUGGGCAAUUUCAUGAUCUCAUGGAACUGUUUAGAAUUGGUGGCAAAUCGCCAGAUACAAAUUACUUGUUUAUGGGAGAUUAUGUUGACAGAGGAUAUUAUUCAGUUGAAACAGUUACUCUGCUUGUAGCUCUUAAGGUUCGUUACCGUGAACGCAUCACCAUUCUUCGAGGAAAUCAUGAGAGCAGACAGAUCACACAAGUAUAUGGUUUCUAUGAUGAGUGUUUACGGAAGUAUGGAAAUGCAAAUGUUUGGAAAUAUUUUACAGAUCUUUUUGACUAUCUUCCUCUCACUGCCUUGGUGGAUGGGCAGAUCUUCUGUCUACAUGGUGGCCUCUCACCAUCCAUAGAUACACUGGAUCACAUCAGAGCACUUGAUCGCCUACAAGAAGUUCCCCAUGAGGGUCCAAUGUGUGACUUGCUAUGGUCAGAUCCAGAUGACCGUGGAGGUUGGGGUAUAUCUCCUCGAGGAGCUGGUUACACCUUUGGGCAAGAUAUUUCUGAGACAUUUAAUCAUGCCAAUGGCCUCACGUUGGUGUCCAGAGCUCAUCAGCUGGUGAUGGAGGGAUAUAACUGGUGCCAUGACCGAAAUGUAGUAACGAUUUUCAGUGCUCCAAACUAUUGUUACCGUUGCGGUAACCAAGCUGCAAUCAUGGAACUUGAUGAUACUCUAAAGUACUCUUUCUUGCAGUUUGACCCAGCACCUCGCAGAGGCGAGCCACAUGUUACUCGUCGUACCCCAGACUACUUCCUGUAACGAAAUUUUAAACUUGUACAGUAUUGCCAUGAACCAUAUUUUGACCUAAUGGAAAUGGGAAGAGCAACAGUAACUCCACAAAGUGUCAGAGAAUAGUUAACAUUCAAAAAAACUUGUUUUCACACGGACCAAAAAGAUGUGCCAUAUAAAAAUACAAAGCCUCUUGUCAUCAACAGCCAUGACCACUUUAGAAUGAACCAGUAGUUCAUUGCAUGCUGAAGCGACAUUGGUCAAGAAACCAGUUUCUGGCAUAGCGCUAUUUGUAGUUACUUUGCUUUCUCUGAGAGACUGCAGAUAAUAAGAUGUAAACAUUAACACCUCGUGAAUACAAUUUAACUUCCAUUUAGCUAUAGCUUUACUCAGCAUGACUGUAGAUAAGAAUAGCAGCAAACAAUCAUUGGAGCUUAAUGAACAUUUUUAAAAUUAAGUACCAAGGCCUCCCCUCUACUUGUGAGUUUUGAAAUCGUUUUGUUUAUUUUCAGGGAUACUGUUUAAUUUAAUUGUAUGAUUUGUCUGCACUCAGUUUAUUUCCCCUUCUCAAAUCUCAGCCUCAUGUUGUUCUUUGUUACUGUCAGAUCCUGGUGAGUUGUUUUAAACAGAACUGUUUUUUUUUUUCCUCCCUCCUGUAAGACGAUGUUAACUGCACAAGAGCACUGCAGUGUUUUUCAUAAUAAACUUGUGAACUAAGAA